CAACACAUCAAGGUUCAUCAGCCAACACUACGCAUUUGCACAUUCCACCUGAGGUCACUCUCUUACAUGGAGUAGCCAAUAAGAUUUGGGCCAGACCCCUUUUGUCCAGCAGGAGCUAUAAAACCCCUUGGCCCCAGACACAACGUACCAUUAGGUCCAAGAACCCCAGAAGUAAAGGUAAGUCUUCCAUGGUUUUCUCUGUCUGAUUCCCAAUGUAUCAGUAUAUUGGUUUAACACUUAAAGUUUAGGCUCAUAGCUCUUGUAUGUAUACAGAGUGUCGAGUGUGUCUUUUUUAGAACUAUUUAUUAGUGUAGUAGCCUCAAGAGGGAUACAUCUAAGUACUGUAAAGUUUUCAUUAUGACUAUAUGGUUAAAUAUGAUACCAAUUUCUACUGAGAUCUUAAUGAGGUCAGAGUUGGUGUAAACCACAUAACAUGGAUUUCAUCACAUUUAGCUGGUUUCACCUAGGAUAAGUCCCCUAGUCCCCUGUAGCUCAGUUGGUAGAGCAUGGUGCUUGCAACGCCAGGGUUGUGGGUUAGUUUCCCACGGGGGGCCAGUAUGAAAACGUAUGCACUCACUAACUGUAAGUCGCUCUGGAUAAGAGCGUCUGCUAAAUGACUAAAAUGUAAAUAAGUGCAACUGAAAGUGAAUAGAAUGUCUUUGAGUGUCAAUCGUCAUGUAGUGUAUGAUGUUGCAUCUGAAACUCCCUGUAGUCGUCCUAAUCCUCUUGUCUUCUCUCCUGUAGAUCCACCUUGCCCAUCAGCAAUCAUGAAAUUCUCUCUCGUCGCCGCCCUUGUUGUUGUGCUGGCCAUUGGUAAGAAUUCAUUACAUAAAUUGUUACGCAACAAAUGUUUUUUUUAAUGACUUUCUAUCUUUCUAUAUACCUAAUACUACUCAUGAAUAAUAAUUGAGUAACACAUAACUGGUAAACAAAAUAAUUCAGAGGAUAAAUAUUUAUUUGAAAAUCAAGACCUUCACUCCUCUGCUAAUCUAUAACCUAUUUAAUGAUAACUACAUCCAUCCUUGUUUUCUGACUGAAUUAAUACUGUGUAGUGAGUGUGUGUAAUAAGUGUGUUUUCUGUGUGUGUUUAUGACAGGCUGUGAGUCCAGUUCCCUGGUGAAGCGUGACAUCCCUGCUGAUAUCGAGACUCUCACCAAGUACUUCCAGGACGCCAUCGAGAAAGUGAAGUCUCAUCAGCUGAUCAGCCAGGCUCAGUACGUCACUGACCACCACACUCUUCCAAUAGAAUAAAAUAGAAUAGAAUAGAAUACUUCUCUUGAGGGGAGAUUUUAAUGCAGAUCAACAAAAUAAGUACCAUCAACUCUGUAUGGAGUUGAAUCUCUUCACGUUUAAGAUAUCAAGUAAUUCUAAAUAGAUCACUCAUUCAAAUUGUUACUAUUCAUUUUAUUUAUUUGUAACAUUGUACUUGACAGGGAUAUUACAUUUUAAACAUGUCUGUUUUCACAUCAGUACCAUAGAGUCAGCUUUAAAGCUAGCUUGCUCCCUGAGCCUACAGCUUUUGGAAAACAUCUCUCUAAGUGUGUCUCUCUACCCAUAGGGGUUACCUGGAGGAGGGUAAGACUCAGAUCAUGCCUCUGACCGACAAGAUCCAGGAGCAUGCUGAGAAGAUCCAGGAGCACAUGAAGCCCUUCGUCAGUGACAUUGAGAAGCAGGUGCGUCCCAUGGCUGAUAACCUGCAGGCCCAGUUCAUGCCCCUGGUCGACAAGAUGCAGGCCCAGUUCAAGCCUCUGGCUGAUGACUUGCAAGCCCAGAUGGAGCAGCUCUUCCAGACCGUGGUUGACCAGACCAAGGCUCUACUCCCCACCCAGUAAAGCUAACGUAACAUCCCCAUAGCUUGGGUUCACUUUUUGUUCAGCCCAGACCGUAGAAAGGAAAAACCAUCUCCCCUCUGUCUGUUUCACCUGUGUCAAGUCCACCUCAGUCCUUCUCUUGAAAUCAUCUUGAAAUUAUGCUGAAAUUUCACCAAUAAAGGGCUUGAAAAGUG